CAAAAAAUUAUCGGUGUGAUCAGGAAAAGUUCUUUUAAGCUUCACUAUUAUGGGAAUUUCCUUUUUUUUUUAAAAUUGUAUGGCUUCAUAAUUAUUUUAUGAUCGUGAUUUAACUCUAUUAUCAUCUGUCAUCAUUAAAGUUUUUCAGAAAUGGGAGGCAUGAAACGCAGCAAGAAGGAUUCAGAAAAGAAGUCUAAGAAGAGGAAAAAAGAGGAUGAAGAAGAAGACGAAUACAUGGUAGAUACUCCUGGAGAAGCAGUGGAUGCAGAUGGAAUACCAGUUGCAGCAAAGGCCAAUGUUGAAACUGUUGAUGAAGGAGUGCCAGAGGAUGAAUUUGGGGCCAAAGACUACCGCAAACAGAUGAUUUUAAAAGCAGAUCAUGAGAAUCGGCCUCUAUGGGUUGCACCCAAUGGUCACAUAUUUCUGGAAACUUUUUCUCCUGUUUACAAGCAUGCCCAUGAUUUUUUGAUUGCAAUCGCUGAACCGGUGUGUAGACCUGAAUUCAUUCAUGAGUAUAAGUUAACUGCUUACUCCUUGUAUGCGGCUGUGAGCGUCGGUCUAGAAACAAAGGAUAUCAUUGAAUACCUGAAACGUUUAAGCAAAACAUCGGUACCUGAUGGAAUUGUCGAAUUUAUCAAUCUAUGUACACUCUCAUAUGGCAAGGUGAAACUAGUCCUGAAACACAAUCGAUAUUUUAUUGAAUCUCCAUAUCCAGAAGUCCUACAAAAGCUCCUGAAGGAUCCAGUGAUUCAAGAAUGCCGCUUGAGAAGGACAGCUGAUAAAGAUACGCUCAUCACUGAUACUCAAGAAAAAGCAGUCAUUCCUCAGUUUCAUGGAGAAGCUUCAACAUCUUCUGCCACAGAUCAGUCGAAACCUGAUGAAAAAAAUGGCGAGGCAGUGCCGGAUGACAUCACUGACUUUUACGAAAAAAUGGACAAAGCAGAAGAAGAUAAUGAAGAGGAUACAUCUCUGAAAACCGUCUCUUUUGAAGUAAAUCAGGAAAAAAUUGAAGUCAUUCAGAAAAGGUGUAUUGAACUGGAACAUCCUUUACUGGCAGAGUAUGAUUUCCGCAAUGAUACAGUCAAUCCUGAUACUAAUAUCGAUCUCAAGCCAUCAGCUGUCUUACGUCCUUAUCAAGAAAAGAGUCUCCGCAAAAUGUUUGGAAAUGGACGUGCUAGGUCUGGUGUCAUCGUAUUACCUUGUGGUGCCGGUAAAAGUUUAGUUGGUGUUACUGCGUGUUGUACAGUUCGAAAGAGAGCUCUAGUCCUGUGUAAUUCCGGUGUGUCCGUGGAGCAAUGGAAACAGCAAUUUAAAAUGUGGUCAACAGCUGACGACGGUAUGAUUUGUCGUUUUACCUCGGAUGCUAAAGACAAACCAAUGGGAUGCAGUAUUCUAAUAACCACUUACUCCAUGAUUACGCAUACACAAAAAAGAUCUUGGGAAGCAGAACAAACAAUGCGAUGGUUGCAGGAACAAGAAUGGGGUAUCAUGGUCCUAGAUGAGGUGCACACCAUCCCUGCUAAAAUGUUCCGAAGAGUUUUAACCCUGGUUCAGUCCCACUGCAAAUUGGGACUCACUGCAACCUUGCUCCGAGAAGAUGACAAGAUCGCUGACUUGAAUUUCUUAAUCGGACCUAAAUUGUACGAAGCCAACUGGUUGGAGCUCCAGAAGAGAGGCUUCAUUGCACGGGUUCAGUGUGCAGAAGUAUGGUGUCCAAUGACUCCAGAAUUCUACCGCGAAUACUUGAUGUGCAAAACCUCUAAAAAAUUAUUAUUAUAUGUAAUGAAUCCCAACAAGUUCCGUGCAUGUCAGUUCCUUGUGCGUUACCAUGAGAGGCGAGGAGACAAGACAAUCGUUUUCUCCGACAAUGUGUUCGCCCUUAAACACUACGCUAUCAAAAUGAACAAGCCUUACAUCUAUGGACCCACAUCUCAGGCAGAACGAAUUCAGAUUCUACAAAAUUUCAAACUGAAUCCGAAAGUCAAUACCAUUUUUGUCAGUAAAGUGGCUGAUACAUCGUUUGAUUUACCAGAGGCCAACGUACUGAUUCAAAUUUCUUCUCAUGGUGGAUCUCGUAGACAAGAAGCACAACGUUUGGGAAGAAUUUUGCGAGCAAAAAAAGGUGCCAUUGCAGAAGAGUACAAUGCAUUCUUCUACACACUUGUAUCUCAGGACACGCUAGAAAUGAGCUACUCCAGAAAAAGGCAGCGGUUUCUAAUUAAUCAGGGUUACAGUUACAAAGUCAUCACAAAACUGUCUGGAAUAGAUGAUGAAACUGGUCUGCUAUACACAACGAGAGAAGAACAGAACCAGCUUUUGCAGCAAGUACUACAAGCAAGUGAAAUGGAUGCAGAUGAAGAACGAAUUCCGGGAGAAGGUGGUUCCAGCGCAAAGGGCGUGAGAAGAGUAGCUGGCAACAUUGGAUCGCUUUCUGGAGCAGAUGACGCUGUCUACAUGGAGUACAGGACCAGGCCUGCCUCUAAUGUGAAGCAUCCUCUUUUCAAAAAGUUCAGAAUGCGGUAGUAGAAGAAAAACUGCAUGCUACCUCUCUCCUUUCAUGAUUAGCUGAAUGUUCCAUGAAUAUCUGCCGUGAUGACAUUUUCUGACCUCAAUGGUGGAAGUCAAACAAAAGAUGCGGACUUUUGUUCGGUUUUUCAACCUCCUCUCCAUCCCUUCUGAGCUCAAAAAGCCUUUGCAACACGAGCCAUAAUUCAUGUCCAACAUCAUUUUAAAUAAGAGAAUAUCAUAUUUUUCACUAUCAAGUUGUUGCUUUGUCCUAAAACAUUGUAUACUGUAGGUAGUGGGAUACCUUAAAUAAAAUUGCAAAUAAAAUCAUCCAACAUUAUACCCUCCGUAUCAUUGACUCAACAUCAAAUGCUCUCCAUAUGUAACCCUCUGUGUACUUAUGCAGAGUUUCCUCUGAAGCAACUAAAUUAGUUUUGUCAAAUUUUUCAUCAUUGCAUUCUCCUUGGAAUGAUUCCUAAAUCUUUUCAAUAGAUCACUGUACAUAUUGUCAAAGUUAA